AUGUCGGGUGACUCUGACAACGCUGAGAUGAUCAGUUCCAACAAGAGCUCCCGGUUCAUGGAUCUGCCUGGCGAAUUGAGAAACAAAGUCUAUUCAUUCUGCAAGAACGACAGCAUCGUAGAUGUGAAGUGUCCACAGGAUACGGGCCUUACGCUAGAGAUCGACCGCGCACGACAUCAAUUCUUGGGUCUUACCCAAGCGUCGAAGGCACUUCACCGAGAGUUUGGGGUCCUGUAUCGCAUGCACAAUCAGGUCCGAGUGGAUGCACGCGACGUUUACGCUUUUCUCGAUGAAGUCGCCUCAACAGCUAGUCGAGUAGACGAAAGUACCGAGGUUAGCAAAGGAUCAACUUUUGCCAACUUCGUGAUCGAUCUAAGCCCUGCGGUGAACGAUCGAGAUAUUCACAUUAUCGAUGUCCUCCCACUGCUCCGUCUUUGCCUCGCGGAGCCAGACGUAGUCUGCAAGUUCGAAUUCUCUGGCGAUAUUGACACAACCCAUGUCAGCAGGCAUUUCCAACCCUGUGACCGCAGGAUAACGCAGAGGUUCGCCUCGAUACUUGUCAAAGAUUUGAACGAGUUGGUCGCUGGACCGAAAACACUCGCUACCAUCUGGCCAAGCAAUAGCUUGCUUGCUGCCAAUCUUCACCUAAAAGGGUUGGGUGCGAUACGACUCUCUCGGUACGGUAUCGCGAUCUCGCGGCCGUUUCUUGACAUCAGGUUUGUUGCGUGUCCUGCCUGGGGCUCUCUCUCGACUGGCACGAUCCUUCGUUGUCAAGAUCCCAAAGCGAAGAAGUUUGUGGAGGACGCUGGGUUGAAUGGUAUCCUGCAACUACCCGUCCGUACGAACGACAGUAAAGCCAUCACCAGAUUGUGA